AAUGGCCUUCGUGGAGAGUGCGGAAUUUUUUCGUCACGUCAAAAGAGGUGGAGGCGCUGAAGCAAGAUGGCGCCGGCGGUAGCUGCGAGCGGGGAUCGGGGGCUGAAGAGUCUGGUGUGGCAGAAGCUAAAGACAUCAGUGUUCGAUGACUGCUGGAAAGAAGAAGAAUGGAAGAUAAUUCUUCUCGAUGACUUCACCACCAAGCUUCUGGCGUCAUGCGGUAAAAUGACAGACUUACUGGCAGAGGGAAUAACUGUUGUGGAGAAUGUUUACAAAAAUCGUGAACCGGUCCCACACAUGAAAGCCAUUUACCUCAUCACACCUACAGUAAAGUCUGUAGAGGGGCUUAUAUAUGACUUUGCAAGUAAAUCAUCCAGCAAGUACAAAGCAGCCUAUGUUUACUUCACUGACUUUUGCGAUGACAAACUUUUCAAUAGAAUGAAGUCAUCUUGUUCAAAGGCUAUAAGACGGUGCAAAGAAAUAAAUAUAAACUUUCUCCCCUAUGAAUCACAGGUAUUUACUCUUGAUGUCCCAAAUGCGUUCUAUCACUGUUACAGUCCCAGCACAGAGAAAACAAAUGAUGCCGUACUGGAGCAAAUGGCUGAACAAAUUGUUACCUUAUGUGCUACUCUAGAGGAAAAUCCAGGUGUAAGGUAUAAAAGUAAGCCUUUGGACAAUGCCAGCAAACUAGCACAGCUAGUUGAAAAAAAGCUUGAAAACUUCUAUAAAAUUGAUGAACGCAGCCAAAUAAAGGGCAAAACCCACUCCCAGCUGUUAAUAAUCGAUCGUGGAUUUGACCCUGUAUCAACUGUGCUUCAUGAACUCACUUUUCAGGCAAUGGCUUAUGAUCUGCUACCAAUUGAAAAUGAUACAUACAAAUACAAAACCGAUGGUGCAAGUGGGAAAGAAAGGGAAGCAAUUCUAGAGGAAGAGGACGACCUCUGGGUGAAGAUCCGGCAUAAGCAUAUUGCAAAUGUUUUGGAGGAAAUACCAAAGCUUAUGAAAGAAGUUUCUUCAAAAAGGAAGGCAACAGAAGGGAAACUAUCUCUAAGUAAUCUGGCUCAGCUUAUGAAAAAGAUGCCAUAUUUUCGUAAACAGAUUACUAAGCAAGUGGUCCAUCUUAACAUAGCUGAAGAUUGUAUGACUAAGUUCAAGAGUAAUAUAGAGAAGCUGUGCAAAGUUGAACAGGAUUUGGCUCUUGGAACAGAUGCAGAUGGGCAAAAAGUGAAAGACUCAAUGAGAGUCCUCCUUCCGGUAUUGCUCAAUAAAAAUCAUGAUAACUAUGAUAAGAUAAGAGCCAUUCUCCUCUAUAUCUUCAGCACAAAUGGCACUACGCAAGAGAACUUGGACAAGCUGAUCCAGAAUGUACAGAUAGAAAAUGAUAGUGACAUGAUAAAAAACUGGAAGUAUCUCGGUGUCCCUAUCGUCACCACAUCUGCAUCCCAACAACGUCGACCAUCAAGGAAGGACCGGUCUUCAGAAGAAACGUUUGAGCUUUCUAGAUGGAGUCCUGUUAUUAAGGACAUUAUGGAGGAUGCUAUAGAAAAUAAAUUAGAUUCCAAAGAGUGGCCUUAUUGUUCUCAGUGUCCUGCCCCCUGGAAUGGUACUGGAGCAGUGAGUGCUCGACAUAAGCCCAAAACUAAUUACUUGGAGGAUCGGAAAGGUUCAAAGCUCAUUGUGUUUGUGAUUGGAGGAAUUACAUAUUCAGAAAUGCGCUGUGCAUAUGAAGUUUCUCAAGCCUUCAAGUCUUGUGACGUUGUUAUUGGUUCCACUCACAUUGUGACACCUAGAAGACUACUGGAUGACAUAAAAGCACUUACUGUAACAAAAUCAAAGGAUGCGGUCUACUUUAAGGAUGAAUAGGGAUUUAUAAUGUUCAAAGAAUUAUGUUUAACUUAAUUAUGAGCACAAUCCAGCCAUGUCCCCAUUGAUUUCAAUGGGAGCAAUUUUAAGCAUGUUCUAACUUUUCCACUGAUUUCAAUGGGAGUCAAAAGUGCUUAACUUGAUCUGGAUUGUGCCCUAUGUACAUAUUUUAUGAAUUAAACUAUCAGUGCUGUGUUUGGGACUGCUAUGUUCCCAAUUAAUGGGAUAUCUUUUUAUAAUUUAAAAUCUGCUGCUUUUCGUUGGAGGGGGGGGUAGGAAGGUCAUGAAUAAGAAUGAAAAAAUAUAUGUAACAGUUUGCAUUUUUAUAUUAACGUGCUUGGUUAUAGAUGGCAUUUCACUGUGAAAUGUUUGAUGUAGAGUGUGUUCACCAGUGCAUUAUGCUAUGCUAGGGUUUGGAAGACAUUUGUAUAUAUGCUAAUGACCUUUCAGUAAUAAUGUAAACUUUCUAUACUAGAAACAUGACUAUUUCUAAAGAUACUAUAGCAGAAAAUGAACUGAAAAUAUGAGAGCUGUAAAUAUAAAUGUAUAACACAAUUUCACAAGUGCAUUGUGUCGAACAACAAAACCUCAUGCAAUUUGUCAGAAUUCACAGAAAGCAGCUUGUGGUAAGGUACAAAAGUAAGGUAAGGUCUUUUUCUUGAGAAAUCUGAGAUAAAAUAUUGGGGGGGGGGUGUCUGGCGUUGCAUGGAUCUCUAUGUGGUAUAUGGGUGAUAUUAAUCAUGGAAAUAAUAAACAUUUUAUGAAUAAAGAACUUU